AAAAAUGUUGCCAAAGGAAAAUUGUGACGCACAAAAAAAGGAACGAUCCUGAAAUUGUCAGAAGUAGACAGAAACAAGAAAACUUGUGGAGAACAAUAAAAUAUCGGAUUCAGAACAGAGAUUAAAAAAAAAUAUUAAAAAAAUAGAAAUCGAUAAGUAAUAAUAAUAUUAUCUCUUCUUCUCUGCUUCCAUUUUGGGUAUCGAUAAACCACCACAUCCUUCCCUGAAACCCUAACCACAACAAUCGCCGCCGUCUCUAGAAAUAUCCAUCCACCUACUUCGGCUUUGUUUAUCAGGUUCGAUAUAUCUAUCACCACCGCCUUCUUAUCUCAAUUUCUGUGUUUGAUUUUUGCUUUGUUGGUGUUUGAUUUUACCGCAGAUUUUGAUGAAACCAGAUCGGGUCUUCCUCUAGAUCCGUUCUAGGUUUUCUAUUUCCACCGUCUUAUCAUUAUCAUCAUCAUCAAUUCAUCAUCAUCAUCAAUAAUCCAGAUGCUCACCAAAUUCGUCAUUCAUAGACAUGUCUCUGUUUCUGAAAGACGAUUCGAUUCAAAUUCGCGAAGUCUGGAACGAUAACCUUCAAGAAGAAAUGGAUCUGAUCCGAGAUGUCGUCGACGACUUCCCUUACGUCGCCAUGGACACUGAGUUCCCCGGCAUCGUCGUCCGACCUGUCGGAACUUUCAAAUCCAACGCUGAUUACCACUACGAAACCUUGAAGACGAACGUCAACAUCCUCAAGAUGAUCCAGCUUGGCCUCACUUUCUCCAAUGAACAAGGCAACCUCCCUACCUGUGGCACUGACAAGUAUUGCAUCUGGCAAUUCAAUUUCCGAGAAUUCGAUCUCGAUUCCGAUAUCUUCGCUCUCGAUUCCAUCGAGCUUCUCAAGCAAUCAGGCAUCGACCUUGCCAAAAACACGCUAGACGGGAUCGAUUCCAAGAGAUUCGCAGAGCUCUUAAUGUCCUCCGGGAUCGUCUUGAACGAAAACGUGCAUUGGGUUACAUUCCACAGUGGGUACGAUUUCGGAUACUUGCUAAAGCUCUUGACUUGCCAAAACCUGCCGGAUUCGCAAACAGACUUCUUCAAGCUCAUCAACGUUUAUUUUCCGACCGUGUACGACAUUAAACACCUGAUGAAGUUCUGCAACAGCCUUCACGGUGGUCUCAACAAGCUUGCGGAGUUGCUGGAAGUGGAGAGAGUUGGGAUCUGUCACCAAGCUGGUUCGGAUAGUUUACUCACGUCUUGUACUUUCAGAAAGCUCAAGGAGAAUUUCUUCGUUGGUCCGUUGCACAAAUAUUCUGGUGUUUUGUAUGGAUUAGGUGUUGAAAAUGGUCAGGUUGCUAUCUAGCAAAAAAUUAAAUAAAAAAUUUCCUGAAAACUAUUUUCUCUCUUUUUCCAUUAUAAGAAUGCAUCAUCAGACACUUAUAACUCCACAAAAUGUAGGAUCUAAAUUCAAAAUAAUUUAAUGAAACAUGAAAAUGAAGAGGUAUGAUCACAAUUGUCUGAAAGUUGAACUGUUUUGUGUCUGAAAAUAAAGAGGCGAAUGGGAAAAAUGUUAGUUA